AAGGCUGCGGCUGCGGCUGAGGCCAAGGCUCAGGCCGGGCUGCGCGCCUGGCUAACGUGCCUGACCCGCGCCACUCGGCUGCCUUGACACUCGGAGGCCGCCCGGACGUCUCGGCGGGUCUGUGAGUUGCCCCAGCGAGGAUGCGACUGUUCCAUUGGCUGCUGAAGCAGCCGGUGCCAAAGCAGAUCGAACGCUACUCGCGCUUCUCGCCGUCGCCGCUCUCCAUCAAGCAGUUCCUGGACUUUGGGAGAGACAAUGCAUGCGAAAAAACAUCGUAUAUGUUUCUACGAAAGGAGCUUCCUGUGCGACUGGCUAACACAAUGAGAGAAGUGAAUCUUCUUCCAGAUAACUUGCUUAACCGGACUUCAGUAGGAUUGGUUCAAAGUUGGUAUAUGCAGAGCUUUCUUGAGCUUUUAGAAUAUGAAAAUAAGAGCCCUGAGGAUCAGCGGGUUUUGGAUAAGUAAGUAUAGUACCAAAUUUACCUGAAGAUAAAAAUAUGUAAUUAAAAGAAGUUUUGGUAAAUGGAACUCAUGUCAUUAGGAACCAAGAAAUACAACUUGGAUGAAUGCAUUGGGUUUCUUUAUGGGUAACAACAAGAUUCCUUUUUUAAAUUUUUGAGGUUAAAAAUUUAAUAUAGUACAAAAGGCAUAAUGACAGCUCAAAACAUGCUUCAUGAUUUCAAGGUGAACCUGGCAUUCACCGUAAAUAUUGCAGUAAAUGUUCCACCUAGUGGUAAUUUUAAGAAUGUAAUGUCCUCAGUAUAUGGCUGAAUUUAUCUGCUCAGUCCUUUAGAACUUAAAAAUUUUUUUUUCAAUGGAAUAUUAUGUUUGACCUCAGAAGAUCUAUAAUGGUUUUAUUUUGGAGAAACAACGUGUGCUUUU